AGAGCGGCUUAAGGAAUAAAAAAAACAAUGGAGAAGACGCUCCUCUUUUUGCUCCUCUCUUCUUGGUUCUCUCUAUCGUCAAGUUCGCUGGGGAACGAAACCGACAUGCUCUCGCUUCAAGCUCUCAAGGAUCAAAUAACCAACGAUCCUUCGGGGGCUCUGAUCUCGUGGAACGACACCAACCCUUUCUGCAGCUGGGUCGGAGUCUCGUGCGGCAGAACGCAUCGCCUUCAGAGGGUCACCGCCUUGGACCUCAGCUCCCUGGGCCUCUCGGGUUCCAUUUCGCCAUCCGUAGCCAACCUCACCUUCCUCGUGAACCUCACCCUCAACGACAACGGUUUUCGCGGCGCGAUACCCGACGAUAUCUGCAGCCUGAACCGGAUGCAGACUCUUGACCUGAGCGGUAAUUCGCUGCACGGGGCCAUCCCGGUCAACUUGACGCGCUGCUCCGGCCUGACGACGCUCGAUUUGGGUAGCAACGCCCUGUCCGGGGCCAUCCCCGAAGGGCUCGGCCUCCUUCCGAAGCUCAGCUUCGUCGGCCUCUCGAAUAACAGCCUAAGAGGGCCCAUCCCAGCCUCACUCGGCAACCUCUCGUCUCUGCAUCACAUCGCGCUCCGCACCAAUCGGUUGGAGGGGAGCGUCCCUGACGAAAUCGGAAACCUGCGGGGUCUGCAAUAUUUCCAGGUUUCUGAUAACGAGCUUUCAGGGACCGUUCCUUCCUCCCUCUUCAACCUGUCAAGAUUGUACUACUUCGGCCUGGCGCAUAACCAAUUUGAGGGGAGCCUACCCUCUGCGAUGGGCACAACGCUGCCAAGUCUCGAGACGGUUCUCUUCGGUGGCAACAGAUUCGAGGGGCCCAUCCCGUUCUCGCUCCCGAACGCAUCAGGGCUGUCUUUUGUUGAGAUGAGCAUUAACAACUUAGAAGGGAGGAUACCGCCGAAUCUAGGGAGGCUAAGUUAUCUCUCUAAGGUGAACUUAGAGUCGAAUCAACUUGAAACGAGCGAUGCUGAAAGCUGGGAGUUUUUGAGCUCUCUGGCUAACUGCAGCCGGUUGCAGAUGUUGAGCCUAUAUCAGAACGAUCUUAGCGGUGAGUUGCCAAGCUCGAUAGGGAAUCUCUCUGCGAGUAUCCAAGAGCUAAGAUUGAACGGUAACCAAAUAUCCGGUACAAUUCCUUCGUCGAUUGGAAAUCUAGUGAAUUUGACGAUAUUGGCACUGGGGCCGAACCUCCUCACUGGGGUAAUUCCCGAAAGUAUAGGUAAUCUUAAGAAUUUGCAGCUGCUAACAUUGUAUAGAAGCAGGCUAGUGGGAAAUAUUCCAUCUUCCUUUGGCAAUCUCAAUCGAUUAGUAUACCUUUAUCUCACUGGAAACAAUUUGAAUGGCUCUAUACCUUCAAGCCUUGGAAACUUGCAGCAAGUAGAAGAGCUGGGUCUCGGCAAUAAUGAUCUAGGCGGUCAAGUACCUAAAGAAAUUUUCAGCUUAUCCUCCCUUACAUCUUUCGGUUUAUCUUACAACUCGCUCUCUGGAGGCAUUCCCUUUGAAGUCGGUAGCAUGAAAUACCUGAGACUACUGUACGUCGCUGGUAAUAAGUUGACAGGUGAAAUCCCUAGCAGUUUAGGAGAUUGUCAGCUUCUAGAGUCUUUAGAUUUCAAGCAAAAUCUAUUGACUGGAGAAAUCCCUUCAUCUUUAAGCAAUUUAAAAGGUCUUCAAAUGCUAGAUCUUUCGCAAAAUAACCUGUCAGGACCGAUACCUGAUUUUCUUGGGAGAUUGAGCCUUGUAUCCCUAAAUUUAUCAUUCAAUAAUUUCGAAGGCAAGGUGCCAAUGGAAGGGAUUUUUAGAAAUGCAACAGAAACUUCAAUCACGGGAAACAAUGAGCUUUGUGGCGGUAUUUCAGAAUUUCACUUGCCAUCGUGUUCUAUAAAAUCAACUAAAAAGAAAGGGAUAUCCUUGUCGCUGAAAAUAGUGAUUGCAAUAGCUAGCAUUGUGUUCUGCUUACUCUUGCUCAUCUCUCUCGGUUUCAUUUACUGGAAGUCAAAGUCAAGAGGAGAAACGUCUGCAUUUCCAUUGUACAAUAAUCAAUACGUCAGGAUUUCAUAUUUGGAACUGGCAAGGGCAACUGAUGACUUCUCUGCUGACAAUUUGAUAGGCAGAGGAAGUUAUGGCUCAGUGUACAAAGGAACUCUGGUUCAUGAUAAUACUAUUGUGGCUGUGAAGGUAUUCAAACUUGAGAGACAAGGAGCAUUGAAGAGCUUCAUAGAUGAAUCUGAAGCUUUAAGAAAUAUCAGACACCGAAAUCUUAUCAAAAUCCUUACCUCAUGCUCCACAGUUGAUUCCAAAGGCGUAGAUUUCAAAGCGCUAGUGUUUGAAUUCAUGCCUAAUGGAAACCUGGAAACAUGGUUGCAUACAGAAAACAAAGCGCUUACCCUGAUACAGAGGAUGAACAUAGCUGUUGAUGUUGCUGAUGCACUAGGAUAUCUACAUUAUGACUGUCAAAUACCGGUCGUUCACUGUGAUCUGAAGCCUAGCAACAUUCUUCUUAAUGAUGAUAUGGUUGCUCGUGUGGGUGAUUUUGGACUAGCGAGGUUAGUAACUGAUAUGAGCAAGUCUGGAGAGGAUUCUAGCAGCUCAAUUGCGAUAAGGGGCACAAUUGGAUAUGUUCCUCCAGAAUAUGGUGCUGGUGCUGAAGUGUCUACUUCUGGAGAUGUAUACAGCUACGGAAUCCUUUUACUAGAGUUGUUUACAGGAAUAGCACCUACCGAUGAUAUGUUCAAACAUGGUCACAAUCUUCACAACUUUGUCCGAUUGGCGUUUCCUGAUAGAGUUAUGGAGAUCAUAGAUCCAGUUCUACUGUCACAACAAGAGGAGGAACUGCCUACGGAUUCAAGGAUUGGAAUCCAUGAAUGCUUAGAGUCUGUUAUGAGAGUUGGGCUUUCAUGCUCGAAAGAGUCACCAAGAGAACGAGUUGAUAUAAGAUUUGUUGCAACGGAGUUGCGUGCAAUAAGGGAUGCAUUCCUUAGAGUUGGUGUUUAUGGAAUUAAACGGAUAUAUGAUUCUUAAAUUCAUUAACAUGAGAAAUAUGUUGAAAUUUUC